UAAAAUUUCAAUGUAAAAACCUGUUCCCAAUUAGAUUGCUUAAUUUGUUCACAUUUAUAAAAUGCCAGGUAUUUCGGCUAAAGAUGUUGAUCAACAAAAAUUUGUCAUAGAACUAUCUGAUCAUUUAAAAAAAAGUGGUAAAAUAAAACUCCCUGAGUUUGUUGAUCAUGUAAAAUUGGCAAAGCACAAUGAGUUAGCGCCAAUAAAUGACGAUUGGUUUUAUAUUAGAGCAGCUUCAAUGGCUAGGCAUUUAUAUAAUCGACCUGCAGGUGUUGGUUCUUUUACUAAAAUUUAUGGAGCUCGAAAGAACAAUGGUGUAAAACCAAGUCAUUUUUCAAGAGGUUCAGCAUGUAUUUCUAGAAAAAUAUUACAAUCAUUAGAACAGAUGAAUUUAGUUGAACUUGAUAAAGUGAAAGGUGGUAGAAAACUCACAAGCCAAGGAAGAAAGGAUUUAGAUAGAAUAGCUAAUCAAAUUCACAAAAAAAUAGAUAAAAUAUUAGAUGAGGAAACAUCUUAAACUUUAAAUAUAUAUUACUACUAUUUAUAAAUUAUGGAUAUAAAUAAUAAAAAAGUUGUGACUGGUUUAUAAUAUCCACCAG